AUGCAUGCUGGGUCUCCCCUUUCAGUUACACAGAGAGAGAGAGUGAGAGCCUGUGUGUUACAGAGGGAUACAGAGAAGGAAAAGGCAGGGUGUGUAAGAGUGGAGAGGACAGAAGCAGAAGGUUUGAGAAAGACUAGUUUACUAGAGCGAGAAGUGUGAGCAAGAGGAACAAAGGUUACAGAGAAAAAUAAGAAUAGAGAAAGGGGAGAGAGGGACAGAAAUCAUAGCAGCUGUUUCAGGCCAUCAGAGGAGAGAGGACUGAGCCAAAGGGAACAGGAGAGAGUUUCUGCGCCAUGGGCAAAUCAGCUUCUAAGCAGUUUUCGGAGGAGGUGUUGCAGAGUCAUAAUGAGUAUCGUAGGAAGCACCAGGCACCACCUCUGAAGCUGUGCAGCAAGCUGAGUAGAGAUGCCACUCGGUAUGCUGAGUCUCUGGCCAGCACAAGGAUCCUGAAGCACAGUGUUGAGUCCAGUAGGGGGAGCUGUGGCGAGAACCUGGCCUGGGCCUCCUACGACCAACCAGGGAAGGAUGUGGCCGACCGCUGGUAUGACGAGGUCAAACAAUACAACUUCAACCGCCCUGGCUUCGCCUCUGGCACAGGUCAUUUCACAGCGAUGGUGUGGAAGGGCAGUAAGAAGCUAGGUGUGGGGAAGGCCAGUGCGUCAGACGGCUCGUCUUUCGUGGUGGCCAGAUACUUCCCGGCAGGGAACAUCACUAACCAGGGACACUUUGACAACAACGUCCUGCCGCCCAAGGACUGAGGAACAUACUGACCCGUCACCCCCAUACCCUAGGACAGGGUUCUUCAAUUCCGGUCCUGGAGGGCCGAAACACUUCUGUUUUUUAUUUCUACCUGGUAGUUAAUUGCA